GAUCUGCGGCUCAUUCUCCGUUGAUCGGCUGAGCGCGCAUGUUGGACAUUAUUAUCCACCGGCAGUCUAUCCGAUAAAAAUUAUACGACUGGUUUCGCUGGUUCCACUGAGCGGCAGCUGAUAGAUCGCAUAGCAAAUCUCACUCACAGAUAUCGGAGCAGGAUGGCCACCACCAUAUUCACAUACAGCAGCCUAAGCUUGAGCUUCAUCUGGCUGAUUGUCGUCGGGCCAGAGCUGGUUCUAACACAGAGCAGUUGUGUGACACCUGCGGGCGCCUCGGGCCUGUGUGUGCCGUCGCAGGAGUGCGGCUUUGUGAAGCAGCUGCUCAGCAUUUACGGACGGAAUAUACCGCGACGCUUGCAGAACCAAAUGCGACAGAUGCAGUGCACCGGAGAGACUGAUGAAUUCCAUUUAUGCUGCCCUGGCGACACUGGCACACGGCUAUCACUGACCGAGCAGAGGCCCGCAGCCGCAAAGACGGCACGCGCUGCACCCCGUGACCUGAACCGCAUCGAUCCGCAGGGUCUUCGGCUGCUCGACUCCGUCACCCAAUGCGGCAACAGGGGCAAUCCCAAGGUGAGUGGCGGCCGCAACUCGAAGCCCGGUGAGUUUCCGUGGGUGGCGCUGCUCAAGUACGAGACCUCCGGCCGCCAGUUCCUGUGCGGCGGCAGCCUGAUCAGCGAUCGCUUCAUCCUCACCGCUGCCCAUUGCAUUGUGCAGCAGCCGACGCUGCUUGGCGUGCGUCUGGGUGAGCACGAUCUGGACAAGGAGGAGGACUGCACAUAUUUGGGCGGCAUUCAUAGGGUGUGCCAGCCGCCGCACGAGGACUUUGGGGUGGAAGAUGUUCGCGUCCAUCCCGGCUAUGCGCACGGCUCGAUCAACAAUGACAUUGCGCUGGUGAAGCUGGACCGAGCCGUGGUGCUGCCCAAGUCGCAUAUUGCACCCAUUUGCCUGCCCAUCGACGACAAGUCCAAGGAGCUGGCCCACGAUCAGAGCUUCCUGAUUGCCGGCUGGGGUCGCACGGACAAGGAUGACGCUGCCUCCAUACAGCAGCGAGCUCUGAUCACCCGCAAGGAUGUCUCCGUUUGCCGCAGCUACUACAACAAUGCGCCCGUCAAUGAGAAUCAUAUCUGCGCCACCGGUUCCGGCAUCGCGCACACCUGUCGCGGCGACUCCGGCGGCCCGCUGUUCUUCAAGCAUCGCUUCAAGCAGAACUACCGCUUCGUGCAGUACGGCGUCAUCUCGUUUGGCGGCCAGCGGUGUGGCACCAACCGGAAUCAGCCCGGCGUCUUUGCCAAUCUCAUCGAUAUGCUGCCCUGGAUAACGCAAAAUCUAUACUGACACCAGUUGAAUGGCAGCUCCGAUCCUAACGAAUACUCCUGCAGUCCUCCACGCCUCUACUACAUUCGCUUUAUUUAUGUCCGUAGCUUUAACAGCCCUUUGCCAUAGAUACUUUAAGAGUUAUUUGCAUAGUUUUUGUAUAAUAAAUGUUUAAGAUUUGCAGCAUAAAA